GAGGAGUUGGUGGUAAACCACAUGGCUGCCAAAACCAUAGAGAACAUGUGCAGCCGUGAGUCUCAAUACGCUCAGGGACUCAUCACUGCAGAGGUGGGACCUGCACUCUGGUAUCUGUUCACACACUCCACAGUGGAUGCACUCAGGAUCAGCGCUAUUGCAGCUCUGUGUAAAAUAACACGGCAAUCUGCGUCGGCCUUCCAGAGUGUGAUUGACAAGGUGGGAUUACCCAGCAUCCUCAGUUGUCUGGUGUCAGGCAUCAGCCGUGUCCAGCAGCACAUGCUCACUAUGUUCGCUGCCAUGUUGGCAUCAGGAGCACAUUCCCACAGACUGGUACAGCACUGGGACUUUGUUAUGAAGAUAAUCCGCUCUCUGGAGAGGCCGUCUUCAGUCAUCCGUGCCAAGGCCUUCCUCGUUCUUCUGCAGGUCCUUAUGAACAACAGAGAGAUGCUUCUGCUCUGCUGUAACUCCAGGUUGGUGAUGUACAUUGAAAGAGACGUCCGAAAGGCCACGCCAGGAAAGGAGCAACAAAGCGGCAAUGAAUACCUGUCAAAAUGCCUGACCCUCUUCAUCCGUCACACCGUGCACGAACUGCCAGCCAUCCUGGAUGACAUCCUGUCCGUGUUAGGCAGCAUUGUGGGAAGGAAGCACCCCUCUCCUACGCAGUCCCGUCAGCUGAAGCAGAGCCUCCCCAUGACGGCUGUGGUGCUGCAUCUGCUCACCUCACAGAUCUUCCGACCGCGGGUGGUGACUGAGGCCUUUCUCAUCAAAUUUGGAAAACUGUUGCAUCACAUAACCUCCAUUGACUCUAAUGAGACAAGUUUGGGAAGUACUAUAGGUCAAGCAGCAUCUGAGGAGCUGAUCAGAAACACACUAUCUGCAGUAGAGGCCAUUUCCCAACAUCCUGCUCUUCUCAGCCUCUAUCACUGCACUGUUGUGGAUUUGAUUGUACCACCGCUGGCGUCUCUGGCCUUCAGUAAGAAUGUGGAAUGGCGUAAUGUGAGUUUGCGUGUGCUGUCAGAGAUCACGCAGCUGCUACUGAGCCAAGAUGAGGUGGAGGAGGGAGAGAACGAGAGGCAGAGAGGGAGAGAACGAGAGGCAGAGUGGGAAGGUGAAGACAUCUCCUCCAACACUCGCUUGCUGACGCUCAUCUCUGAGGCCCUGCUGCCACAGUAUGAGACUCUGCUUCUGGUGUAUGCUCUCAAACUGCUGGUGUCGCUCACUGAGCACAGCUCACCCAUCAGCAGGCUUGUUAGAGAGAGCAGUCUCCUGCCUGCUAUCUUUGAAGUUAUAGAGCACCACCGCAUAGUCACAGUCGGCAGCACGAUGCAGAACGCCAUGGCUCUCCUCUGCAAUCUGAUUGGACAGAAGGGCACAGACCUCCGACCAUUCUACCAGCAAGGUAUGAUUGAGGUGGUGUGUAAUAUCUUUGUGGAAGUCUCUGGUGUGAGACUGGAGCGAGAAAUGCACUCAGGGCUGAAGAGCUGCUCUUCUCUGCUCCUCUGUCUGCUGGACAUCAUCCACUGCCUGCUCAAAAACCUUUCGUCUGUAGUCCGAAUGGCCCUGCAGAGAUCAGACAGUAAUGAAGACACUGAGGCUGCAGAGGAAGUACUGCUCAUCAACAAGCCACUGACAGACCUAAACAAUCUCCUCAUUCAGCUGCUGGCAUAUAAUGACAGUGAGGUGUAUGAGGAGGCCAGUCACUGUGUGUCUCUGCUGGCUCAGCUGUACAGAGGAGAGGAUGCGGACCACCUGCAGCCGGAGGAGCUGCUCAGCCUGGCACACGCAUUGCAGACGCACACUGAACCCAGACAGCAGAAACUGCUGCUCCGUGUGCUAAAACACUUGAUGAGUGCGGUUGGCAGCUCCUGUUGGGGUUCUUCGGAAGGGCAGAUCUUGGUUCACGUGCUGCAGAAACUGGCGCUGCCUACUAGGUCCCAAUCAGACAUGGCAGUGGAAUCUCUAGCUGCAGAGAUUCUGAAGGGCAUCGGGUCCCAGGCAGAACUCAGAUCCACAUAA